AUGGACAAAGUUGCCAAUGAAGUCAUCUCAGCGGAAAUGUUUGACACAUUAAGGCAGUUCUGUUUUAUAAAGAUUACAGAUGAACUAAUUAAUAGAGUGUUUAGAAAGGCAGACUACUCACAUCAAAUUUACACUGUUGGAAGUAAUAGUGAAGGCAUUCCUUAUUCAGCCAUGAAUGAUGAGGAUAUUAUGAUAUAUAACAGAGCGUUCCCAAUAGUAUGGUGGAACUCCCAAGAAAAAGACAGAGAGGCAGUUGUAAUGGCUGAGCAAGAUUCAAAUAUACCUCCUGUGUAUUUGAGGCUAAAGGUACUAGACAAAGGGUGUCUUGAUAAGGACUUCAAAAGUAUCAUUGAUAAUGACGGAUAUGUGAACGCCACUGAUUUCAUAAAAUUGAAUGCAACUUACAUGAAUUUAAACUAUACUGAUGAAAUGAGACAAGGUCCUUCAAUAUCAAUUAACGCAAUACCAAAAUGUGUGGAUGUUAUAAACAAGCAUGACAGCGUAUACUGCCUAAAAUGUCAAUCAUGGCCACCUUUUAUUAGUGAUUUUUUUUUUAUUAGAAAGAGGCUGAACAACUGGCCAGCCCAGAAGUUGUUAGAUAAGGUCAAAUGUCUAGAAUGUCAUGUAGUUCCUAUUGGAUACCCAGGCAGCGAGUCAUUUGAUGUUGAAUGGAGGUUGUCAUUUUCUGUAGCUGAGAAACAGCUUGUUAUUGAAAUGUAUGAACCAUACAGUAAAUGCAUGUUUGCCCUGAAAUCAAUCAAGAAAAAGUACAUAAUAUACAGUGACUCUGAUAAACCAACACCAUUUUGCUCGUAUUUCAUAAAGACUGCCUGUUUGUGGAUGUGUGAAACAUUUCCACAUAAAGAUUACAGUCUCAUGGAUUUAAUUAGGGAAACUCUAGAUUGGCUCAUCGACUGCUAUGAAAGCAAACAUCUGCCUCACUAUUUUAUUCCCCAACACAAUUUGAUUGGUCAUCUCUCUAUGGAAUGUUGUGACAAUGUAAGAAAAACAUUGACAGCAGUUAAGAGAACACUUUGGAGUAUGGUGUUAUUAAGUGCUAGUGAUGAUCAUUUUGCAUUUAACACUGUGUGUGACAAACUCAAGGUAACUAGAGAAAACAAUGCUGAUUACAAUGCAAUAGAAACCAAAAUCUUGAAUCACCCAAAAGCUACAGCGGUCUUUAAAGAAACAGUUAAAUCUUUACGCCACAAUUACAAUUUAAUAAAUUUUUCAAACAUGUCAAUAUGGGGCGACCACAGCUUUACUUAUACGCCUAUAUUGGUUGCGAGAAAAAUGCAGCCUGAGUGUGGUUUAGAUAUUCUAGAAGACACCGUAUUGCCAAUUGUAGACCUAUGUCAAAUUGAAGAGAUAGUGCCAAAGGGAUUUGUAGAAAUGUUCAAGACAUGUUUGUAUAGAUAUUUAGGCGAUGCUGUUACUCAUUUAUUGGUAAGCUUUAUAAACAAAGGUUAUGAAACAGCUGUAUCUUCGUACAUGAAUGCUCCUUUGCAUUACUAUGACUUAGGACAUGAAAUUAUCUUCCCUGGUAGGUACAGUGACUAUGGCAUAGUUGGUGAGGUUCUUGAAGUACAAUACCAUUAUUUAAUGGGUAACUACGAAGGUUUGAAGAAGAAGUGUGAGUCUAUUCUUACUACAGUUACAGAAAACAAAAACUAUGUGGUCUCUUGUCUUAAAUUCCAUCAAAAACAUUUUGAAACAAACGUUUGUGCCUGGGAAGUUGAUGAACUUUUGCAUCAUCUUGUCAUUUGUUGCCAUACAAUGCAUAUUUACGUAUCACCAAUUGCACUGGUUUAUUAUAUAAAAGCCAGAGUGUUACUUAAAGAGGGGGACACAGACAAUGUACUGACUCUUGUGAAAAAGAUGAAGAUCAUAUAUAAAGAAUUUAAUGAUCAUCCUGCUUAUCUUGAGUCCAUGAAAAUGUUUAUAAAUAUCAUUGAAAGUCUACUAGGCCUUCUUGGUGUAAUGAGAAGAAUAUUUACUUUUCAAAAUGAGAAUAGCUUGUGUAAUGUAGUAUCAAUUAGGUUCAAUGGUAUUUCUCCUUUUCUUAUAAUUUAA